AUGUAUCUUCCGCGCAGCCUGAUAUCGCUUCUCUACACGAACCUAGUCCGCUCACACCACCCUCUAUCACCUCCGGUCCUACUCCUCGUAUCAUUCGAUCCCGAUUCAUUAUGCGCGUGCCGAAUUCUUGCCUCAUUACUGAAGCGCGACUACAUCCCUCACAAGAUCCAGCCUGUGUCCGGAUAUGCUGAUCUUUCGAAAGCGGGUGAGGAACUCGUGCAGCCCAUGAAAACAACUGACGGCGGGUCGGGAGGCGUGGUAAUAUGUCUUGGUGUAGGUGGACUGGUUGACCUGGCCGCGCUACUCGGACUCGAGGUAGAAGAUUCCGCAGAGUCAAUGUGUGGAGUGGAGGUCUGGGUUCUGGAUGCAAGACGGCCAUGCAAUUUGUCCAAUGUGUUUGGCGGCCUACCAUCCGAAGCGGCAGUAGGGAGUGCUGUCCCUAGAAUUCCCGGAGUGGACAAGGGACGCAUCCAACGGUCGUACAAGCCAGGCAAAGGAGGCAUCAUCGUAUUCGAUGACGGAGAUAUAUCGAACGACCUCGAGGCUGAGCGGGACGCUUACUGUGCCCUGGCUGACAUGCCGGAGGUUGAGGCAGAUUCAGACAGUGAUGACGACGAGCAGAGUGGAGACGAAGAUGCCGAGGAGGAUCAAGACGAAGGCACAGACACGGAACGAAGCCCAUCGUCAAAAAAGAGGAAGUCCUGGUCCGACAAAGAUAGCAAUGCGUCUGACAGUGACGACGCGGAAGAAAGGCCACGCCAACGACGAAGGGCGAAUUCAGGGUCGUCUAUCAACUCUACUCCGCAAAGUCGAACCCCUACAUCGUCACAGCCAACCUCACCCACCUCCAAAUCCAAUUCGCCGAAGCAGGCGACUGCUAAACAGUUACGAAAACGCCUGAGGAAGCUACGAAGAAGCCAUGAAAUUGUUCUAGAAAAAUACAACGGCUUAGGCAUAUCCUACUCGGAGCCAAUCUCAACCUUGGCGUACUCUUUGGCGUCAGACCUCGGUCGAGAGGACAACGAUCUAUUGUGGCUAGCCAUUGUUGGUGUUACAUCCCUCGAGCUAUCUGGUCACACAUCUACGAGCUUCGGCAAAUCGACACGACUAGAGCCCUCCGUCGAACACCCUCAUUCCUGGCGGUCAAAUCGAUCCCGCCAGACUUAUGCAAUUCUCCGAGACGAGACACGACGAUUGAACCCACCGCCGAUGGACCAGUCUCCGUCAGUGUCGCCUGGAUCGGGGGUCAAUUCCCCCAGUGACACCUCCAUCCGUCUGACCCCUGACCCGAGAUUUUUGCUUCUCAGGCAUUGGUCGUUAUAUGACAGUAUGUUACAUUCCCCAUAUCUUGCCUCACGUUUAAAGGUCUGGAAUGAAUCUGGGGUGAAACGACUGCAUAAACUUCUGGCCAAAAUGGGGGUGAGCUUGAGUCAAUGCAAGCAGACUUACACUCACAUGGACAUGGACUUGAAGAAAACAUUACGGGAGCGGCUCCUCAAGUACGCACCUGUAUACGGCUUGGAUGAUCUUGUCCCUACAGGUGCUGGUCGCUUCACCUACGAUCAAGACGGCUGGGGCUUCAUCCGGUCCUGGGGUUGGAAAGCCCAACUUUCUGCUGUUGACGUGGGCCUCAUCCUAGGUGCUAUCCUUGAUGUCGGCUCACCCUCAGCUCUUGGUUCUAACAACGCAUCCACACCUGCUCCCACACUGUCGCAGUCCCAGCAAACUACAGACUCGAACCCAACCCCUCGUUCACUCGCUCUUGUACCGCGCUUCUUCGCAGCUUAUGAUGCACUCGCGCCCAGCCACCCGACACAGCUCCUUACAUCGAUCCCGCAAGCCCAAUAUCUCCUCCGGUCCAUCCUCCGUACAGGCUCAUCGUUGCUCGUUAAGCAUCAGAUCCGCCAUCUCCGCGCAUUUCGCAUGGGUGUUGUCAAAGAUGGCCCCGAUCUCGGAUUGUUCGCUAACUCGCCCGGCGCUCUUGUGAAGCUUGCACUGUGGGUAGGCGAGGCCGUCUCGGGCCAUGAACGUGAUAGAGAAGCGGAUGACUCGGCGAGCCAUGUCUUCGUGCCUUUAGUACUGGCCGCGCUGGAUGAGGAGAGAGGCACGUAUGUGAUCGUGGGGACAGGUGGAGGGGACAAGAGCAAUCGUUUCGGUCUUGCGUUUCAAGAGGUCGUGCAAGAGACGGACGCCAGAGUCGAAAUCGACAGUUUUGACCACAGCGUCGUCGAAGUGAAGAAGGAGGACCUCGGCGCGUUUCUAGAGGCAUUGAGCCUAAAGGCUGUUGUAGGUGCAUGA